AUGAUCCAAAAAGGUGCUCCUGUUCGCAGACUUGGAUUAACAGCUUCUCGUAAUCGUCCUUCUCAUUUCACUUCUCGUUUCACCGUUCAGGGUACCCUUGGUCAAGGUGAAUUUAGUCAAGUAGACAAGGUGGAGGAUAAACAAGAUGGUGUGCUCUAUGCUGUAAAGAGAGCAAAGAAGCCUUACACUGGACCUAGAGAUCGUUUACGGAAGUUGGAAGAAGUGGACAUUUUGCGAUACCUCGGCAAAGAUGGCGGUCAUUUGAACAUCGUUGCCUUUUUUGAUGCAUGGGAAGAAGCCGGUCAUUUGUACAUCCAAACGGAAUUAUGCCCUUGUGUGGAUUUCUCAAGUUUCCUUCAACACUUUUCCAACAUGGGCGGAUCGAUGGAUGAAGCUAGAUUGUGGAAAGUUUUGCGGGAGCUAAGUGAAGGAUUAGGAUUCAUCCAUGAUAUGCAAGUAUUACAUCUCGACUUGAAACCUGCAAACAUCUUCAUCACAGAGAUUGCCACGUUGAAGAUCGGUGACUUUGGCUUGGCAACAAGAUGGCCUCGGAAUGCCGAUGCGAUGACAUCCAGUCUGCUGAACCAUACCCCGAAAAGUCUAGAACGUGAAGGCGAUCGUGAAUACAUCGCACCUGAGAUUCUUCGUGGCGGAUUCGGAAAGCCAGCAGAUGUUUUCAGUCUAGGUCUGGUCAUGUUGGAAGCAGCAGGCGAUGUAAUCUUGCCUGAUAAUGGAGAGCCAUGGCACAAGAUUCGCAAUGACGAUUUCAGUGAUGUUGAUUUGAGCGCAUUUAGCAUUUCUCUCGUGAAUGUGAUCAAAAGCCUUUUACGAUCAAAUCCUGAAGCACGUCCAAAUUUGAACGAAUUACGACAACAUCCCGUUUUGCAAGCUGUCGGAAGA